AUGUUUCUAAUUUAUUUUUCUUUUCAUAUUUUUCUUUUCCUUUCUUUCUUUCUUUCAUUCUUGUUUCCUUCAUUCAUUCCUACCUUUCUUUCUUUCUUUCUUUCUUUCUUUCUUUCUUUCUUUCUUUCUUUCUUUCUAUCUUGCUUCUUUAUCUCCCGAUUCUUAACUUUUUCUUUUUUUUUUUUUUUGCUUGUUAUCACUUACUUUCCUCUUCCUUUUUUUCUUUUCGCUUCUUUCUUUAAAUUUUUCUUCUAUCUCAUCGAUUUCUACGUACCUAUCUCUCUCCCUCCCUCCCUCUCACUCUCUCUCUCACUCACUCUUUUUUAUCGUUUUCAUUCAUUCUUUCCUUCCUGUUUCUGUCUGUAUUUAUAUAUAUCGUUCUGUGUCUUUUUUAUCUGUUGCUUUCUUUCUUUCUUUCUUUCUUUCUUUCUUUCUUUCUUUCUGUUUAUCGCACCCUCUGCUAUCAUUUCCACUAUUUGUUUGCAUUUUUCCCUUCCAUUCUUUUUCAUAUCAUAUUUUCCAUUUUUAUUUUUUAUUCAGUUUUUCGUUUUAAAUCAAAUGAGAUGUCAUUUUAUUUCCAUUUUCUUUCUUUCUUUCUUUCUUUCUUUCUUUCUUUCUUUCUAUAGUACUUUCUUUCUUUUUUGCUUUCUUUCUUUCUUUUUGUCUAUCCACCCCGUUAUCUAUUAUCGUUUUCACUCGUUCUUUCCAUCUUUGUUUUUUUUUUCUUUUUCUCUCUAUAUUUCAGUCAUCAUUUUCAUUCUUUACUUGUUUCUUCCUUUGUUGUUAUUUUCUUUCUUUCUUUUUCUUUCUUUAUAUCUACCCUUCUAUGUCUCUGUUAUCGUUUUCACUAUUUUUACCUCUUCCUUUUUUUUAUCUUUCUUUCUUUCUUAUCUCCCCACUGUAUCUUUUUAUUAUAACCCGUCCAUUUUAUUAAUUUUCUCUUUUAUUUUCUCUAUAUUUCUUUCUUCUUUUUUUGCUUCUUUCUUUCUUUCUUUCUUUCUUUCUUUCGUGCAUCUUUCUUUUAUCCUUAUCUUUCCUUUUCUCCUUUCCUCAUUUCCUUUCGUUCUUUAUAUCGUCUCUACUCUCUCUCCUUUUUUUUCUUUAUUUCUUUUAUCGCUCUUAUCCUUUCUUUCUUUCUUUCUUUCUUUCUUUCUUUCUUUCUUUCUUUCUAGCCUCCUAUUAGUUUCCUCCCUUCUUUACCCACUUCCUUUCUUUCUUCCUUUCUUCUUCCCUUUAUUUCCUUCAUUCCAGCCUCCAUCCCUCCCUUCCUUUUGUUCUUUUUACCGUGCCUUCUUUCUUUCUUUCUUUCUUUCUUUCUUUCUUUCUUUCUUUCUUUCUUUCUAG